CCAGAAUGAUCAGCGGUUGAAAGCAGGGUGGGCUAUUAGUGCUGAACUGUUUUUUUUCCCCCCUAAGCCCAAAUGUGGACUUCAUUACAGCAUGUGGCAAACUAAUAAAAUGAAUGUAACAGAAGAAAUACAUUAGCAGGCGGCUCGCUGUGAGGGUUCUUCAGACGGACUGUCCUAGUUUUCGUAGUAAGUGUCCUGUGGAACCCAUGAACGAGGAACGAGGAAUGAGGGUAGAACGGGAAGUGCCAGUGUUGUUCAUACAGAUUGCUGCAUAAAGAAAGGGCAGAGGCAUGGCUCUGCGGGUGUCUCCCUUUCCUAAUGGCUUUGUUGCAGGCCUCCAUGCUGUGGGAUGGGCAUUCAUCCUGCCUUGUUUCUGGUUUCUUGAUCGCCUCAUUGCUGUGUGCAAGUCCACCACCCUGGAGAAAACGCAGCGACUGGAGCAGGAAUGCUACCUCCACCCCCUCAAGGUCUUCUUUGGCUCCAUUAUUUUCUUCAUUCUUUUUCUUGCCACAGCCCCCUUGGCCCUCCUGGGAUUUCUGCUCUGGGCUCCUCUUCAGGGCUGCCGCAGACCCUUUAACUACCACAGGGAGACGCCAUCCUCACCAGAAACAGAGACACACAGGGGCUUUGAGCUGGUAGGAAAGGCCUCAUUUGGCUUUGCCACAGCCAACUUGUGUCUUUUGCCUGAUAGCUUGGCUCGCUUUAACAACCUGGGGCACACCCAGCACAGGGCAGCUGCCAUUGGUCAGCGCAUUCUGCAAGGUGUGUGUCGACCCCAUAUCCGCAUCUUUGUUGACUCGCCCAGCAGCUGUGGUACUCUCAGCCCCUCCAGCAGCAUACUCCCCACAGUUAACUCAUCUACUUACGGGGCUACAGAUAGACAGGGCCAGCCCCCAGUGAGUCACCAUUCAGACCCAGCUGAAGGACAUGUUUCAGUCCCAAAGUCCAACACUCAGGUGGUUUGUGUGCCCUGUGAUGACACAGAAGAUCCCUCGACUGAGACACCCUCUCCCCUCCUCAAUUGCAACCAGAACUCCAACCAGCAGGGCCGAGCGGGUCACCGGAGGAGUGCACCCCGAGCUUUACUCUCCCAGGGUCUCCGCCAGCAUGACGAUGUACCAUGGGAGGUAUCGUCAUUGUUUCCAGCUAAUUUGGAUAUCCUGUGCCUAGAGGAGGUGUUUGAUAAGAGGGCUGCACAGAAACUCACCCAAGCACUAAGACCCAUGUUUGGCCACAUAUUGUAUGACAUUGGUGUGUAUGCUUGCCACCCACCAUGCAGAUGUUCCUCUUUCAAGUUCUUCAACAGCGGCCUGUUUGUAGCUAGCCGAUUCCCGGUGCUCAAGGCCCAGUACCACUGCUUUCCCAACAGUCGUGGGGAAGAUGCACUGGCUGCUAAAGGCCUCCUUUCUGCUAAGGUGCUAAUCGGGCAGAAUCAGAAACAGAAGAAAGUGGUUGGCUAUUUUAACUGCACACACCUUCAUGCACCGGAGGGUGAAGGGGAAAUUCGCUGUGAGCAGUUGGACAUGGUAACCAAGUGGAUUGGUGAUUUUCAAGCUGCCAACAGACAGCCUGAUGAGGAUGUUGUUUUUGAUGUGCUCUGUGGUGAUUUCAACUUUGACAACUGCUCACCUGAUGACACCCUGGAACAGAAUCAUUGUCUGUUUGAGGAAUACAGAGAUCCUUGCAGGGCAGGGCCUGGAAAAGAGAAGCCCUGGGUUAUUGGUACUCUACUGGAACAGCCCACAUUGUAUGAAGAUGACGUAAAUACCCCAGACAGUCUACAAAGAACUUUGGAAACAGAAGAGCUAAGAAAGAAGUAUGUCUCCCCUCCUGUUCCUGCACAGGGCUGUCCACUGGUUUACCCUGAGACUGGCCAGUCGUGGGUGGGACGUCGGAUUGACUAUAUCCUGUAUCGCGAAAACUCUAUUUCAAAACACUGCCGAACAGAAAUUGAAGAGGUGACGUUUAUAACCCAGCUGGCUGGCCUCACGGACCAUAUUCCUGUGGGUUUGAGACUGAAUGUAUUAAUGGACUCUGACUGUGCUGAUGAAUGAGGACUAAUGUGAGCACAGCUUUACUUUUGAACAAAGGGAACAAAAUGUACAAAAAUGUACAUUGCUCUAAUCUAUACAGGCACGAUAAUGUUUUGUUUACAUACUUGAAUUUGUAAUUUCAAUGACAAUGUACUGACCAAUGAGAUUUUACCUCAGGUGGAAUUUAAUAUGGAUUUAUUGAAAUUUUAUAAUGUAUACAGUUUUAUGCAUUAAAGCUUGUUCAGGCCAGAGGUAUUGAUUUUGUAAAACACUAUAUUUUUAGGAUUUUUCAUUCAGAAUUUUUUCCUACAGAAAUAAAUGCAAAGAAUGAAUUUUA